AUGAAAAUCAUCGUACUGAUUUUACUUGCGGCUUUAUGCACCCUAACAACAGCGCAAAAUUUGAAAGUUGAUCCAUCCGCCUCUGGAAAUACAGAACACCGCCGAUACCGUCGACAAUGGGGAUGGGGUAUGCCAAUGUACAGACCUUGGGGAUGGGGUGGUAUGUACAGACCUUGGGGCUGGGGUGGUAUGCACAGACCUUGGGGCUGGGGUGGCAUGUACAGACCGAUGUGGGGCGGCGGAAUGUAUAGGCCGAUGUGGGGUGGCUAUGGAUUUCGACCAUUCUUUCGACCAUAUGGAGGAUGGGGUAUGUCCCAAAAUUAGAU